AUGCGCCUCCGGCUGCCUCCGCCGCUGUUGCUGCUGUUGCUCGCGGCGCUCGCGGUCUCCGCCACCACCACCUUCCAGCCCGACUGGAACCGUCUGCGCCGUCUGGCCCGGGCCCGUGUAGAGACCUGUGGGGGAUGACAGCUGAACCGGCUGAAGGAGGUGAAGGCCUUCGUCACCCAGGAUAUCCCAUUUUACCACAACCUGGUGAUGAAACACCUCCCGGGGGCCGACCCUGAACUCGUGCUGUUGGGUCAACGCUACGAGGAGCUGGAGCGCAUUCCUCUCAGCGACAUGACCCGUGAGGAGAUCAACGCGCUGGUGCAGGAGCUCGGCUUCUACCGCAAGGCGGCGCCCGACGCGCCCGUGCCCCCCGAGUACCUGCAUGCGCCCGCUAGGCCAGCCGAGGGCGCCACGGACCGCGCCGACCUGUAG